UCCUCCCAUCUCUGUGGUCUGCACGGUUCUCGGAGAGUGGCAGGACGGAGGCGCGGGAGGACCAUGAUUGCAGUCUUGGCGGCUGCUCGACGGAGGCUUUUGGGGGGCGAUUCUGGCUGCCGCGUUGCCCUAGUUCAGAGUGUGCACACCAGUCUCCAGAGACUUCAGGAUGUAGCUGAGAAUUCAGCCAGUGAAGCCGCUGAAGCACCUGAGACCCAGAACAACAAGGACUUCAGCUUUUUCCCCCCCGUGCCAGGGAAAGGGAGCACUCUCAGUUGGGCUGGAAAGAAGUUUGAAGAGAUCCCGAUUGCUCAUAUCAAAGCUACGUAUAACAACACCCACAUCCAGGUUGUCUCACCUCAGAACAUCUCUUUGGCCCGGUUAUCGUGUGGCACAGAAGGAUUCAAGAACGCCAAGAAGGGCACUGCCGUUGCCGCACAGACCACCGGGAUCGCAGCAGCAGCGAAAGCCUGUGUGAAGGGAGUGUCCCAUGUGCGAGUGGUCGUGAAAGGCCUGGGCCCUGGACGACUGGCAGCCAUCAAAGGGCUCACCAUGGGGGGCCUGGAAGUGAUCUCCAUCACAGACAACACCCCUAUCCCGCACAACGGCUGCCGGCCACGGAAGGCACGGAGGUUGUGAGGCCAGGGAAGGACAAGACAUUUGCAUGUCCUGAGAUGGCUUGUGCGGUUAUCUCAUCCUUGAUUUUGGGAUGCUGUUACUAGAAGCAAGAAGGCUUUUUUU